AUGGCAACCGAAUUAUUCCUAUCAAGAAAGAUAUCAAACUUUCUUCCAUUACAGCAAUCAAAAACAUCGAUGAAAAAAAUUCCACCGAAUUUACCAAUGAUAAAUAAUGCUUUAGAAGGCAUUGAACAGAUGAGCAGGAAUGAAAUCAGAGGUAAAUUUGCCAGAGCGAUGAAAGAAUCGUUUCAGUAUGUGAAAAGUGACAUUCGGGAUGAAUGGCACACUGAAAUUACACCGGAGAAGUAUGCCACAGGUGAUUUACUCUUUGAAGGACGCUACAGUUCCGUUGUGACAGCAAGAUCCUAUCCAGCCUUCAACGGUUUCACGUACGUGGAACCUCGACCAUGCAUCAUCAAAACAAAACAUAUUGGUGCUAUUCUGGAUGACAUAUUACGUGAUCAGUGUGAUGUUAAAGAGACAUUUCAGCAAAAGAUUUUUCGGCUUCUACGACGAAUAGUUAUGGAGGUUUACAUCCUAAAUAGAGUUCGUCAUUCGAAUAUAAUGCAUGCUCAUGCUACAGUGGUCACCGAGCAUUCACUUUGUCUACAAUUGGUUCUCCCGCGAUUAUAUCAGCUCGAACAGCUAAUUGAUAAAUAUCGCCAUGAUAAGGAGGGAAAGCCGAUGAAUAUCUGCAUCAUUGCAAUGAUUAUUCGACAGCUUUGCAGAGCAUUAUCUUAUCUUCAUGAUGCAAAUAUCAUUCAUAAUGAUAUUCAACCAGAAAACAUUUAUCUGACCCGUGGUGGUACUGUUAAAUUGAGCAAUUUCAUCAAUUCACGAAUGAUCGUAAAUGAACAAGCAGCUGAGAUGUGUCGAACACCUGAUGGAACACCAGAUUAUAUGUGUGCUGAAAAGCAGUAUAAUUUAAAACGUGCAACAAUUGCAACAGAUUAUAAGAACUAUUCGACGUCAGCAGAUAUCUGGUCAUUGGGUGUGCUAAUACUUCAUAUGGUCAGCUAUUAUCCCAAUGAAAGAUGGCACCGCUUACCCCGAAUGUUCGCCCUCCAAAUGGGUGAAAGAAGAAUGCCGUUUCGAUGGAUGAUUAACGAUAUGAUGCAACUUUGUAUACGAAUGACACAAUGUGGUGAUGGACGUUUGAAGCAAUAUCUGAAUGAUACAAUGCUCAAUUUGGAUCCAUCAGCACGUCCAACAGCCAGACAAAUUUUGGAAUCAUAUUUAAUCACAAAAUGGUGUAAUAAAAGCCUGGAGCAGGACAAAAAUCAUCUGGUGAAGCGUUUCAUUUAUGAAUUGGAUUGGCAAAAUCGCUCCAAACUUGAUGCUGAUGGUUACAAUUACAAUGCAUGUGAAGCUAAAGAUAUUCCGGCGGAUUUUUACUGGGAUGAUACAUGGCAGAAACUUGAGAAGCAAUCGUUUGCUUAUCGAUUAUACGUUUAUGAUCAUGAUCAUUUACGAAUAGGGAGCAAAGUUGAGCGAUAUUUCACGCAUGCUGAUAAUUCACUGUUUCAAACACUCAUGCUUGCUGUUGAUGCUAACCAUCUUGAAAUGUUUGACGUGAUACCUGUUGAUCAAAAUAUUCGAAAUCUUUGUUUCUUGCUCAUAAGAAGCGCUAAAUAUCAUCGAUAUAACCUUGCCAAAUGUGAAGCUGAAGAAGUGUCAUUUGAUCUGCCACCAUCUUUUCACUGCGAUAUGCGCUCAGCAAAAACCGUUGUUUAUUUUAAAGAUUAA